AAAUACAGAGAAGAGGAACAAAAAUGAGGCAAGCUGAAUGCAGAUUAUAGUUCGAGUCGCUAUAGACUGGCACAAACUGGAGACCAUUUUAUAACAUAUUUUUUUAGAAGUUAUUGUGGUUAUUUUACAUGUGCUGUUCCGACCUCUUCCUUUUGAUAAGCACCGCAGCUAACCUUUUCUGUAUCAUUCAUCGGAAACUUCGUCUGAACGGAAACUGGUCCUGCAAUAGAAGUUGCCUCUAACGUUUUGAAGUCGAGAAAAUUAAUUCACGUUUUGGUUUACAUUCCGGAAGCAGUUGAAUACAGCGGACAGAGCGGACGCUGAGAGAUGUGUGACUGGAAUAUAGGCCUUGGGACCUUGAGUGAAGAAGCUCUCAGCAGAUUAGCACAUCUGCUAGACAACUCAGACUGUGGAUGGAGACAGUUGGCCAGUAUGGUCACUGAGCAGCCUCGGUAUCGCUGCAGUGAGAAGGAGAUGACGAGCUGCUCGCUCCAGGUGCUCAGCCCCACAGGCAGUCCCGGACGCUUCCUCCUGGCCAUGCUGUGGGACCGCUCCUGCCCCCUGGGCUUCCUGUUGCACUGCCUGAAGAAGAUGGACCACCAGGACGCUGUCCAGUACCUCACUACCACAGUGACGGAGCAGAUUCGUGUGACGUUGCAACCUCAGUCCCAGCAUGCGUCCGAGGGAGCCAGGGUGGUGCUGUUGUGCCGGGCCACCGGUCCUGCGGGACUAGCCUACCGCUGGUUCAGAGGGAAAGAUGAGAUCAUUGGUGGGUGGGGUCCAGAACUGGUCCUGAGCCCUCUGACCUCUGCCCACCAGGGCUACUACAUCUGCAGGGUCAACCACGGAGACAGCUGCGUGUUCUCUCAGUGGGCCCAGGUCCACCUGGCUCGGCCCACCGGGACAAGCUCAGGUGGCAGCAGCAGUUUCUUCCUGUCGGCGACCAGCGGCCUGCAGAUCGUGCAGCAGCCCCGGGCCCAGGUGCUGUCCGAGGGGGAAGCUCUGGGUCUGGAGUGCCUGGCCGAGGCCAAUCCUCCAGCCCAGUACCAGUGGUACCACAACAAGAAGCCCCUGAGUCAGCCCCAGGCCCAGACAUGCUCACUCAGGAUCCAAUGUGUGACCACUGCAGAUAGAGGCCAGUACAGCUGCAAGGUGUUUAACCUCUACCACGAGAUGUGGAGCGACCAAGUCCACGUCAACAUUGGCCCCAGUUUUGCGUCAGAGGCCUCCUGGGCAGAAGUGGGUCACAGCUCAGCCACUCCUGGCCCUGACAGACAGACAAGCACUUUUUAUGCCACCGACAAGGUGGCGCUGCUGAUGGGCAACAUGAACUACCAGCACCACCGCCAACUGCGGGCGCCCAUGGCGGACGUGCACGAGCUGACCAACCAGCUGCGCCAGCUGGACUUCAAGGUCGUGUCCCUGCUGGACCUGAGCUGGCAGGAGAUGCACAGCGCCGUCAUGGAGUUCCUUCUGUUGCUGGACAAAGGGGUCUACGGCUUGCUGUACUUCGCAGGCCACGGCUAUGAGAACUACGGGAACAGCUUCAUGGUGCCCAUCGACGCCCCGGCCUCCUACACAUCGGAGCACUGCCUGUGGGUCCAGGACAUCCUCCAGAAAAUGCAGGAGAAAGAGACCGGCCUCAACGUCUUUCUCCUGGACAUGUGCCGCAAGAGGAACCUGAAUGAUGACGUCAUUCAACAACCGGGCCCGCUGAAAGUGACGGCAAACAUAGUGUUUGGUUACGCCACGUGCGUGGAUGCAGAAGCCUUUGAAGUGAACAAAGAUGACCUUUCCAAUGGCAUCUUCAUCAGCUACCUCAAACAGCGUCUAUGUGAAGAUGAGAAGGUCACUGUGAUGCUUGACAGAGUGGCCGAGGACAUGGGGCGCUGUGCGAUCACGCGCGGGAGGCAGGCUCUGGAGCUACGCAGCAACCUGUCAGAGAGGAGGGCCCUCACGGACCUCAUCCAGGGCUCCACCUGCCCUGCCGCCGCGUCUGCUCGCAACAUGCACUGGGCCAUCGCACACGUGCUUCCAGAGAGCCGUAACUUGCAGUUUGACUGUGGAGUGAAGGUGCAGCUGGGCUUCGCUGCGGAGUUCUCCAACAUCAUGAUCAUCUACACCAGGAUAUUAGAGACACCUAAGGACAUCUCUUACUGCUCUGCUCACGUCACUGACUUACCAGAGGUUUUGGACAUUGAUGUGAAGAGGAGCAACCAUGCGAGCCUGCAGGAAGCAGGCAGCUUGCUUCUGACCAUGGACCCCAUGCUGAGCCCAGAGCUACCCAGCCUCUACACCCGCAUCAAGGACCUGCAGAGACUGAAGAUGGAGCUGACCUUCACAGUGUGUCUCCAGUACCAGUACUCCAACUUGGACGAGGAGGUCGAAGAGCGGCAGGAGAUCGCCGUGGGCAAACCCCUCGUCUCCAAGCUCAACCUCUACGAGCCGCGGCUCCACUCCGCCUCCUCAGACCUGCUUUCGUCCUGCAGCUUGCCCGAGUCCUCCUCCUUCCUAGAAGGCUUAGGGCCGAGCUACCCCGGCUCUGAGACCUCGUCCAUUGGCUCAACCUCGACUUCCUGGUCGUACUUCCCCCAAUCAGGAGAUUUUCUCUCGCCAUCCACCAAUAGAGUUAACCAACCAGAAGAGACAGACAGUCCUGACAUGUUGGACAGUAAUGCCCCCCAGUCUCUCACCACCAGCAAGAGCUUGCCUCAUGGCCAUGUUGACGAUACAUACCAGUUCAGCGACAUGCGCAACUUCCAUUCCUGUUGAUCGGUCAAAACAUAAUUUCCAUUAGUUCUGUUUGCUUCUGUUACUUCUGUGACCUAUGUUGUGAACUUAAUGUUUUCCAUUUUCAGUGGUACACACCUUUACUUUUUCACCCUGAAUGCAUUAACUUAUUGUGCAACAUACACCAAACAUAUUCUGUGAACUUUCCUGCAAUGUUUGUGUAUAUACCGAUAGUCACCAUUUGUGCCUUUAUAAAUGUGUUUGUAAAAGCACUGGAAGUGGAAUGAGACACACAUAACAAAAAAACAAGUUUAUUUAUUUUGACAAUGUUGAGUGCAUUAGGUUAUCCCUGGCUGGGGAGCAGGCGGGUAAGGCUGAAUGUUAUAUUUCCAGGCUGCCCCUGUAGGUGGUCCAAACUAAAGACUACAACCAUAUGGUUCUUAGCUUCAACUGUGAAUGUGAUAUUUUUUGGUUAAACCUUUGGUUUGAUUAAACCCUAAUCUUUUCUCAGUUGUAAAU